AUGAAAUUCAUCUCCGCUUAUUACUUGCUGCCUCUGUUUCCUGCACUGGUCUUCAGCGCUAGACAGGGCUAUGAAGAACUGGAAAGGCAGCUGAAAGAAGUAUUUAAGGAAAGGACCAAUAUCCUUCGUCAACUGUCGAAGACUUCUAAAGAACUUGAGGGAAUCAAAGUGAACCUCCAGUCUUUGAAAAAUGGUGAAGCAUCAGCCAAAAAUGAUGUGCAGAAACUUCUGGAACUGGGCCAAAAGCAAAGGGAAGAAAUGAAAUCUCUUCAGGAGGCCUUUCAAAAGCAGCUUAAUGAGGCAACUGAGAAAGCAGAAAAGCAGCAGGCUACGAUUAACUUUUUGAAGACUGAAAUGGAAAGGAAGAGCAAAAUGAUCCGUGACCUCCAAAAUGAGAACAAAAGCCUCAAAAACAAGCUCCUGUCAGGAAACAAGCUUUGUGGUAUUCAUGCAGAAGAGUCAAAAAAGAUUCAAGCACAGCUGAAGGAGCUUCGUUAUGGGAAAAAGGAUUUGAUUUUUAAGGCACAACAGCUAACAGAUCUGGAGCAAAAACUAGCAGUUGCAAAAGAUGAAUUGGAAAAGGCAGCCCUUGACAAAGAGUCACAGCUGAAAGCUCUGAAGGAGACUGUGCAGCUUUGCCUGUCUUCUGUUCUGCACAAUCAGCCUCCUGCUAAGAAUCUAAUCCCUUCAAAACCAGCUGAGAAGCUGACAUCCCCAGCUACAAAGGGCUCAAAAGUUCCAUUUCAAGUGACAAGCACCAAG